AUGACAUCCCAAAGAGGAAUAGAGGCGAACCCUGAGAAGAUCAAAGCGAUUAUGGACAUGAAAGCACCAAGAAACAUAAACGAAGUUCAAAAACUCAACGGGCGAAUCACAGCACUCGGUAGAUUUAUGUCCUGCUCAGCAAAAAGAUGCUUGCCUUUCUUCAAAGCCUUCAAAGGAACGCAAAAGUUUGAAUGGAACAAAGACUGCGAAAAAGCUUUUGAAGAAUUAAAAGAGUUCCUUGUCACCCCUCCAUUGCUUAGCAGACCGCUGAAGGGGGAGACGUUCCACAACGUGGUAGUAAGAACGAAUCAACCAUUGCGAAAGGCGAUCCAAAGACUAGAGACAUCCGGGAGAUUGGUCCAUUGGUCCAUCCAGCUCAGCGAGCAUGACAUAAGAUACGAACCUCGCCCAACUCUCAAAGCGCAAGCCUUGGCAGACUUCGUAGCAAAAAUAACUCUGGGCGAGAACAGAGCCGGAGCAGGAGCCAUCCUCAGAGGACCCGGGAAAGUCAAAAUCGAGUAUGGAGUAAACAUCCAUUUCACUGCCAGCAACAACGUAGCUGAAUACGAAGCCCUGAUCGCAGGUCUCGGUCUAGCAUUAGAAAUAAAAACGGAAAUCCUAAAGAUCUAUAACAACCUAAAUCAGGUCAAGGGAGAAUAUCAAGCCAAGGAAACAGGAAUGAUCGAAUAUCUGGAAAAAGUCAUGACACAACUUCAACAACUGGAAACACAAGGAGGACAGUGGGAGAUCAUUCAAAUUCCAAGGGAGAAAAACACCGAGGUCGACGCCAUCGCCAAAUCUGCAUCAGAACUCGGAGACCUAUUCACCAAAAUGCAAUUAAAAGAAACUCUUGAAUCGCCAAGCACCAGAGAAAUAGAAGUCAUGGCAAUCGAGGAAGCCGAUUCCUGGAUGACCCCAUUAAUCAAAUAUUUAGACCACGGCGAACUGCCAACGGACAAAACCGAAGCCAUCCGAAUCAUCAGAAAAUCUGCCAACUACUCAUAUCACAUCGGAGUUCUCUACCGAACCUCCUUAACUCAUCCGUGGUCAAGAUGCGUCUUGCCUCAAACAUGA